AUAAAGAAAAAUUUCUAUAAACAGAAGAUGAUACGAAGCAUACAAGCCAUGGAAAAUGAAUCUAAAGCCAGGUCAAAUGCAGAAGUAAGCUGGAAACUAAGAAGCCUUCCGCCUACAGACUACAUCUUUAAGAUCGAAAACUUCUCUCUUCUUUCCGAUUCUUUAGCCGAGUGCUUCCGGUCUGCUGAUUUUGGAGUUGGCGGCUAUAAAUGGAAGUUAUCAGUGUCUCCGGGAGGAAACAAGGAAAAAAAAGGGCAUGGAUACGUAUCUUUAUAUCUAGUUCUGUCCGAGUCCAAUAAAUUCACUUUCAAUCAAGAGGUUAACGUAAAUUUCAAGCUGUUUGUUUAUGAUCAUAUUCGCGACAAUUACUGGACUGUUCAAGAUACUGAUGAGAAAGUAAGGCGAUUUCAAGGAAUUAAAAGAGAAUGGGGAUUUGAUAAACUUGUUUCCGUCUCUGAUUUCGAAGAUGAAUCGAACGGAUACUUAAAGGAUGACUGUUGCAUUUUUGGUGCUGAGAUUUUUGUUAUAGAAAAUUGCAGCAAAGGUGAGUGCUUGUCGAUGGUGAAGAACCCAGCAAACAAUAUGUAUACAUGGAAAAUUCAAAAUUUUUCAGAAUUGGACAAACAAUAUUGUACCGAAUCCGAAAAGUUUGCCAUAGGUGGCAGUAAGUGGAGCAUAGAUGUUCAUCCAAAGGGAGAUUCAAGAGCCAAAGGCAAAAGUUUAUCCAUAUUUUUAAGAUUAAAUGAUGAUGCAACUUUUGAGCAUGGAAGAAAGUUGUAUGCAGAAUUCAUCUUACGAGUACGAAACCAAUUUGAGGGAAAACAUCAUGAAAUGGAAGGUAAGUAUGAGUUCGUAUCGAAGAGAGGAUGGGGUUUUGUAGAUUACAUGUCCCUCAAUGAUCUCAAUGACAAAUCAAAGGGAUUCAUUCAUGAUAAUACUUUGAUCGUCGAAGUAGAAUUUCAAGUCAUGACGGUUCUUAAAGAGUUGUCCUGAAACUAUGCAGAUUCUAGCUUUUUUUGUUGUCUUUCGAAUUAAAUAAUCCUUUGUUUUAGCUACUACUACUUAUUAUGA